GGCGGUGGCGGGGGCGGCCGUGCGGUAUCAGGGGGCGGCGGAGGCGGCGGGGGCCGGAGGGCGCCGAGCCUCCGGUUGGUCAACGGGAGGGCGACGACGGGCGUCGGUCUCCACACAAGUAGCACCGAGUCCGUCCGAUCGCCCCAUCACCAUCUCGGCCACCCUAACAACAACCACAACAACAACUCCCACGGGAACAACCCCUCCGCGAACAACCACCCCAGGCUCAACAAGGAUGACAGCAUCAAGAUCAGCAUCGAGAACACCAACACCUGCACCGGGAGCCUCGUCACCGCUCUAGACGACGAGACCCUGCUCAUCACCGACUUCCUGGGGGACACCGGCAACGAGAUGAAUUACAAAGGCAGCGGUAAGGUCCACUUCGGGGUGGACGACGUGUCCCUCUAUGGGACCCCGAAGGAGGAGCUCGGCCCGGGCCUCCCGGGCCAGGAGGUCAAGCAGAGCUUCCUCAAGAACCAACUGCAGGCCCUCUUCCAGCCAACCGACAACAAGCUGGCCAUGAAGCUCUUCGGCAGCAAGAAGGCCCUCAUGAAGGAGAGGAUCAGGCAAAAGGCCGCGGGUCACUGGGUCAUACAUCCUUGCUCCAGUUUCCGGUUCUACUGGGACCUCUGCAUGCUCCUCCUGUUGGUGGCCAACCUCAUUAUCCUGCCGGUCGCCAUUAGUUUUUUCAACGACGACCUCAGCACUCGGUGGAUCGCCUUCAACUGCUUGUCCGACACGAUAUUCCUCAUAGACAUCGUCGUCAACUUCAGGACCGGUAUCAUGCAGCAGGACAACGCGGAACAGGUGAUCCUGGACCCGAAGCUCAUCGCUAAGCACUACCUCAGAACGUGGUUCUUUCUCGACCUAAUCUCCUCCAUACCUCUAGACUACAUAUUCCUCAUAUUCAAUCAAUUUCAGGACUUCAGCGAGUCCUUCCAGAUCCUGCAUGCUGGACGUGCCCUCAGGAUCCUCAGGCUGGCGAAGCUGCUCUCGCUCGUAAGGUUACUGCGACUCUCGAGACUGGUGCGAUAUGUCUCGCAGUGGGAAGAGGUCUAUAUAUUGCAGAACCUACAAAAAAAACGCACUGAGCGGAGGGGGCGCCUAAGCUCUGACAAUAUGAAUAAAAAGAAGUCCGGUUUCAGCAAAAGCGACCUUAUUUUUAAGUUCCUGAACAUGGCGUCGGUGUUCAUGCGGAUCUUUAACCUGAUCUGCAUGAUGCUCCUGAUCGGCCACUGGAGUGGCUGCCUGCAGUUCCUGGUCCCCAUGCUGCAAGGCUUCCCCAGCAACUCCUGGGUGGCCAUUAACGAGCUCCAGGACUCGUUCUGGCUGGAGCAAUACUCGUGGGCCCUCUUCAAGGCCAUGUCGCACAUGCUCUGCAUAGGAUAUGGGAGGUUUCCACCGCAGUCGCUGACCGACAUGUGGCUGACCAUGUUGAGCAUGAUCAGCGGGGCGACAUGUUACGCGCUCUUCCUCGGACACGCGACCAACCUCAUCCAGUCGUUGGACUCGUCGAGAAGGCAGUACAGAGAAAAGGUGAAGCAGGUGGAGGAGUACAUGGCCUACCGGAAGUUACCUAGGGAGAUGCGCCAGAGGAUCACGGAGUACUUCGAGCACCGGUACCAGGGCAAGUUCUUCGACGAGGAGCUCAUCCUGGGAGAACUCUCGGAGAAGCUGAGAGAGGACGUGAUAAACUACAACUGCAGAUCCCUGGUUGCAUCGGUGCCAUUCUUCGCGAACGCCGACUCGAACUUCGUCUCGGACGUCGUCACGAAGCUGAGAUACGAAGUCUUCCAGCCAGGAGACAUCAUCAUCAAGGAGGGCACGAUAGGCUCGAAGAUGUACUUCAUCCAGGAGGGAAUAGUGGACAUAGUGAUGGCCAAUGGCGAAGUGGCCACCUCGCUUUCCGAUGGCUCCUAUUUCGGGGAGAUCUGUCUGCUGACCAACGCCAGGAGGGUAGCUUCCGUCAGGGCGGAGACCUACUGCAAUCUCUUCAGCCUCUCGGUGGACCACUUCAACGCUGUUCUGGACCAGUAUCCGCUCAUGAGACGGACCAUGGAGAGCGUUGCCGCCGAGAGGCUGAACAAGAUCGGGAAGAACCCUAACUUGGUGGCCCACCGGGAAGAGGACCUUGGCAGCGAAUCAAAAACGAUAAACGCCGUCGUGAACGCCCUGGCCGAGCAGGCCGCCCACGCGAGUGCCAGCGAAGAAUCGGUGCACAGCAUGGAGCUGAGGACGCUGCCCGCCUGCCUGCUGCCCAGGCCGAAGUCGGAGAACAACUUCACCAGCCAGGAGCUGACGAGAGAGGGCCGCAGGAUCUUCCACAAGAGCGACACCUUCCACAAGGACUCGUAUCAAUGACGACACUCGAUGUACUAGCACACGCAGAGGUACUGAACGGUUCCCGAGCCACGGCGGGCGGAUCUCCUGGAUCCUCGUCAUCCUGGCCACCCGGGGAGUCCGAACCUCCGGGAUGAGAGGAUCCGACCUCGAGGACGUCGCCCAGAUGCGCGUCCGUGCCCAUCGUCCAGGGAGAACGUCUACGUGGGGACCUGCAGACGAAACAGAGAGAGGCCAAGAGAGCUACUCGGGGUCGAGGACACCCUGAAGAGUCGCCGAGACGCCGGUCGACCUCGUCGCGGGACCAGACUCGAAGGAUCGCGACCGAGGAUCCCGUCGAUCGCCUCGAAGAGGACCACGGGACAUCGAAGACGGUCCCUCUCCAUCUCUCUUUCCCUCUCUCGCCGCGAAAUAACGCAGGUCUUUAUGGGAACCAACCGGUAGACCCGGGACACGAGGCCCUAGGGCGGGGACGAGGAGCCGACGUUCCCACCCGGGGACGCGAGGAACGCAGGAUCCUGCCGGCUAACUCUGUGAUUUUCCAUCCCGCGGGGCGCUUACACACGCCUCGUGGACCUUCUACCAGGAGAAGACCGACGUGCGCGGCGAAGUCACCGAGGUCGCCGGGAUGUUCAGCCUAAGGAGGAUCGCUAGCUGUACGCGUCGACACCCAUCGAACGAUCUAACGUUAAGAACGUAUUAUUAUUACCGCGCGACCAUAGUUAUCUUGCAUCCGCAAGGCUCUGCCCUCGUAAGGAUAGGUCGACCUGGGGCGUUUUUAUCAAGGGAGGAUUUCCCGAGGACGACGAGGAGAGAUGCCCGGUACUCCUUGACUAGAACCAAGGCUCGUAGGACCAGGAUUUCGGGGGAGGCCUCUUCAGGGUCGAGGGAUGCUCCGGAUGGAUUCUGGGAGGACGAUUGCACGAGCCCGAAAAACCGUGUUGACUUGUUGAGGGUUUCUUGGGCUCGGCCCUCGACGAGGUCGAGGGAACCCGUCGCUCCGUACUCGACGGAACGGCGGCUACUUUUUAUCUCGAAACCGAACGCGCACCGAUAGGACGAGGGAAGAUAUACAUAUAGGCACCACGUUAUCGGCUAUUAUUACCGAUGCCAAUAUUAUCGACGAUAUUACUCGCAUGAGCAUUGUUACCGGCACUAACGACGUCGCGACGAUUGUUACCGCCUAACGCCCCGUUGGUCGAUUACAAAUCUAUAUUCCUACACGAGGAGACCGCGAAAAGUCUAUUUUCCUGACGCACUUCCGAGGUGCCCAGAAUUACCCGCUAAAAUUACUUUAAUCGAUAGUUCUAUCUUCAAUUCGCGGCUUCUCCCAAUGGUAAAUCCUUCCGAGACUUUGGGAAAUUAAUACCGACGAUGUCUUCAGGUACUACUCGUCCGUGCAAUUAAUCGGAAUUGAUCUCUCCUCUCUGCAUGUCUUUCUCCUUACGAGGUAGAGUCUGACGAAUGUAAACUAGACUGCAACUCGAUGCAGAGCAACGUUCGUUAAAACGAAGGCGCAUUGCAACAGGGUCCAGCACCGAAGUCGGAGGGAUUCUUAUUUCUUCCCUUAUUCCAUUUCGCAGAUUUCGCACGCCUUGGCUAAAUUAUACAAACGGUCCCGAGCUAGACCCCGUGUCGUGGUAAAUUUGCAUGAACGUUAACCAUCGGUACCAUCAUUUUUUCUUUUUUUUUUUUCGGUUUAACGCUGGACCCGAUUUUUGCAGAACAAGGAGGCGCCAGACGUCGGUCUAAUGUAGCUCCGAAAUGACUCGAGGUAUCGGGACGAGACCUAGGUACUCUAUACAUACACGACCCUGAGCAUAUUAUGUACAUAGAUCCUCCUAAGAGUUAAGUUAUAAAUUAAUUGAACAAGGGGAAGGAAGCGGGGCACGUGUUCACGCACAUAGUCAGACACCGCGGGUACUCGCAAGUACGCGCACCGAGUAUAAGACGCAUUAGGCUUAGAGGUAACAUUAAACGAGUACUCGAGGGACGGGGGGGGAUUGACGUGGAUGGCAACGGCUAUGUAUACGUGUAUAUAUAGACAUACAAGCACGUAUGCAGAUAUACAUACGUAUACAACACGCAUAUAUAUUUUUUUUUCCCCGCGAAAAAGAUUUUCCUCCGAUUAUUUUCGAACUACCCGAAGGGCGCAGGCUCUUCUCCGCUUCCUCGUCGACACGAGUACAUAUUUACACGGGGUAUUUACAUCGACACGAAGGCCGGACAUAGAUCUGAAAGACGCGUUACAAAACGAGGGAGACGAGGGAUUAUCUACACCGUAACGAGACCUGUAAUCCUACGAUCGCUAGCACUGGUAGGACAUACCACUAGAUAUUACUAACGUUAAAUGGCAAAAAAAAGAAUAAGUAUGAGAUUAAUAAGAGCAAAAAAAGAGACACACUCGGCGCCGUUAGUACGGCACCGCGCGGUUACUAAACUUGGUUACACUCACACACGGACACACACUCAGCGAGACGCUACUCGAGAUUAACUAAUUAUUAAGUAGAGGACGUAAGGGAGCGCGUACCGUAGCUAUAUUACUAUUAACUAAAUCUAGGUGAUUUGCAAACGUUCAAUGUAUAAAUGCUGUAGAUACGGAGAUAUGCGGAGGUGAACAAAUGCGCGGAGAGGAGGAAAAUACUUUUUGUACUAAAAGACGGACGGCGAAUCUGAUGGCGAUUACGAGAGGAAAGAAAAUGGCGGCUUAAGGGAACCCGGGAAGAAAUGCCGGAAAUGGCCACGGGAACACUUUCUCUAUUUUGUUUUUCUUUUUUAAAUGGAAUUAUCCAUCAGCCUAUUUUUUUUUCCUUGCGAUUGUACUUUACGAUUUUUCGCUUUUGUUUCUCAUUCCCCUUAUCACAUACGUUUUUCUAUUUAAUCGCCGAUUAUAUUAAAUCACUCCGAGAUUUGUCGUAGCUUUCUGCUGGCGAACUAGGGCGCAUUUUUAUUUAUUUAACCGCUGUUUUCACGAGUAAAUAGGCGUACGAUCAAAACGAG